CCCCCAAGUCACCCAGUCUUGCCUAAUCCUCCCCCCUGGUCCCCUGCCCGUCACAGCCCUACCCAGCCUCUCUGUCCAGGGAGCAUAUAUGAGCAGCAGCCAGUCCUGCAUGGAAGUCACACAUCUUUCUGCACUGAAACAGAGAGUGAGCACAGCUGCACAGAAUCUCAUUGAUUUUCUACAGGAUUCAAGAGACGUUAUAAAGAAACUAGAGAACAGACCUGCUGCUACAGAAAACUUGCUUCCCUCCUUGGCAGAUAAGAACCAGUCAGAGAUGAAGCUCCUGACAACCGCCCUCGUCAUCGUUCUUCUUACAACAGCCUCUGCUAAGCCAACUGGUUGGCGUCGGCAUCAUGAUGCUGACAUCGCUGACAAUGGCUGGAAAAAGGGAUUGCUGGAUGGAAAACACGGGUGGUCUUCGCGGUCUACUGAAUCUUCCAGCUACAAAGACUCCUCUUCAGAGUCACGGGAAUCUAAUGAAUCGUCAGAAAGUGAAUCUUCGGAGGAGUCCUCUGAGGAAGUUCUAAUCACCGAUCAGACCACACCGGUCGUGACCACCACCGCCAUGAGCACCAUCACCACAGGAGACGGGAGUAUGCUCACCCCUGAACCAGACACAAUGAGCACAGAUGAGCCAACUAUUACUGUGACGACCCCACUAACAACACCGACACCAGGCAGUGUGAGUCAUUGUAUUACCGAGGAGAUUCCAACGCCAGUUUCCAUCACAGAAAACAGAGGAGACAACUAAGCGACUGUCAUUCCUGUUAACCAACUGCAAACAACAACUAACCACAUUCCCAUUCAAAAUGUGUCAUUUUCAGGAUAUAUCUGAGUCUAGUUGCAAGAGUUAAACCUCAGUGGGCUUGAUCAACUUAAGAAGCAAAAAGAUAUAAGUACAGAUACUGUGAGGCCAGUUUGAACUUAGAAGGUCAACUAGACUAACUAGCUAACAGUAUCACUAACCCGUCCAGGACGAGUUGUUGAAAAGUGACUUAAGAUGCGCUUCCGUUAAUGACCACUAGGUGCUUGAUAAAAAUAUUAUAUAUAUUGAAGUAAUUUUUUUACAACUAAAAUGCAAAUCUUGGUUUAGUUUGACAAGCAGCAGACAUCUAACCAAAACUGACCUAAAGAAGAAUAUGCAAAUGUGUAGAGAUAAUGUGUAUGAAUGAUGAUAAAUAAUCAACUUCUAGAAAGAACAGGUCACAAGUAAAGAGUUUUUAGGAACCCCCACUCUUAAAGUAUGUGACUCUAGAUAUGUUUAUAUAUGGUGACAUAACAUAAACAAAUCUGUGGCUCAGUCAUGUUUACCUUUAAAUAUUAACUGGUCCUGCUCAGGCAGGAUACUUUGGUGGAUUUCUUCCAGUGUGCCAAAAAUAGUAAAUUUCAGUGUUUCUACAUAGAUCUGCUCCUUAAAUACUGUUUAAGUAUUUAGUUUUAAUUUUUAGUAUUUUAUAAGGAUUUUGUCAAGUGUAUCUCCUGCGGCACAAGAUUGUUAAAACAAGUAGAUAGUAGAAGAUUGUCACUACUUAUAUGUUCCACAAAAAAAAAGACCAGAGUAUGUAUCCCACCGCAGUGUGUUUAUAGACUGUGGAGGGUGUGUCCUGUUUGUCUUGUCUUGUCUCGUCGGUUGUCUGUACAUACUGAAUAAGACUGAGUUAUGCCACAGUGGGUUGGUUUAAUUAUGGGUUGUGAAUUCAUCUUUUCCCAAAUAUGGCUUAGGGGGCUGAAGACAAUACCUUACUGUUGUCGGUUUGUUUCUGUUUUAACAUGUGUUGUACUUCAUUUUAUUAAACUGGAUUUAAUGUGCAUGAUUGAAUGUAUUUAAAUCUCUUCUAAUAAAGCAUCUAAAUUAGA